AUGGCUAAUUUCGCUUUCGCAGAGGCACCGGUGGGCAUGGUCGCCACACUACUUACCAGCGAAGGCAAUGGUGGGGGCAAAGGUGCAGACAUAAAUACCAGUAAGUUAUGGUGUAUUGGCUGGCGAUACUAUGUCUCAACUAUACUGCAAUUCCAAAUUUACCGUGGCAUGUGUCGCGUUAGCGGCCAGUAUGUACCCGGGGACCCUCGGAAGCCACUGCAUCGUUGCGAUAUUUACCGACAUCCUGAGGCAGGAAAUCUACUGAAACGCAUCAUGGCCAAAGGUGCCUCCCAACCUUGGCAGCAAGUGCUUGAGGAAACACUAGGUGAGGGCCGCCUAGACGGCACAGCACUGCGGGAGUACUUCGCUCCAUUGGAAGAGUGGUUGCGGCUGGAGUCAUUGCGCACAAAUGAAUACGUGGGCUGGAACUACGACGGGGACUAUUGCAAGCGAAGCAUCGAAACAGCGAAUCUGCAAGUCACAGGUGGCUUCUAUAAUGGAGCUCCUCGAUCAGGUGCUACGAAAUCGACAACACUUUUGCUAAUGGGAUGGCUUGUGGUUUUAAUGCGGCGUCGAAACUGAAAAAAUAUUUGAAAAAUAUUGAGGGAAAUAUAAAUUUAGUGUGACGACCAUUCUUAGUUUUAUUUAGGGUAAAAACAACAUUUGUAAGAGAAAUGUGUAAAUAUGCAAUGAGAAAUGCUUUUUUUUGGUGCAACUAACUGAGCGUCACUUGUUCCAUGUACCAUUUUAUUAAUUUUGUUUGAAUCAGCAAAUAUCGGGAUAUCCAUAAAAUACUUGAGCAAUUUCAUGCCUGGUAAUCCAAGUAUUUUGGAUAUUGUCGUAAAUUUUUACAAAAAUUGGUUUAUUUGUAGGAUUCAGUAUAAUAAAAAGUGAGUUGAAAAAAUUUCAAUAAAAAAUAUAUUGGGAGGUUGAAUUAGUUUUAAAGGUUUUUUUCGAAGAUUUGGGGCUUUAUUGUGAAAAAACGGUACAAAAUAUUUUAUUCGAAGUAUUGGCCAUCGCUAGCUACAACUUUCGCCCAUCUUUCGGGCAAUUUCCGGAUGCCGUUUCUCCAAAAUUCUGGCCGCUGCUUGGCUAUCCAUGACUCAACCCAUAUUUUGGUAGCCUCGUACGAGGAGAACCGCUGGUCCGCCAAAUCGAGACUCAUAUGCCGGAACAAAUGAUAAUCGGAGGGAGCUAUGUCUGGACUAUACGGCGGGUGGGGUAACACUUCCCAGCCAAGCGUUCCAAGGUAUUUUUUGACAGGUUGAGCAACAUGCGGCCGAGCGUUGUCAUGUUGCAAAAUAACCUUGUCGUGCCUUUUUACCGUUUUGGGUUAUCGUAGUGGAUCCACUUUUCGUCGCCAGUCACCACCCGAUGCAAAAAACCCUUCCGAUUUUGUCGCUCGAUCAGCAAUUCGCACGUAAAAAGUCGCCGUUCGACGUCGCGCAGCUUCAACUCGUACGGGACCCAAUGU